UCAGCGAUAGAUUCGCCACAGCUUGCAUCUUGCGGUGAUGGCGGACAUGGUGGAGCCUGCUGCCUUGGACACGUCAACGGCAACCUGUCGCGGGCAUCGCGGCGGGGUCCUGGCCGUGGAGUGGGAGCCCAAGGCGGGGCGGCUGGCCUCAGCAUCUCUGGAUGGCAGCCUGCAGCUAUGGUCGCCGGAGGGCCAGUGCUUGGAAGUGCUGGAGGGCACUGAGCGUGGCUUUGCCAGCUGCUUGGCCUGGGCUGCCGGAGGCUCCAGGUUAGCUACCGGCUUCCAGGACGGCGCGGUGCUGAUUUGGUACCCGAGCUCUGCUCUGCCAACGGUGGUUUGCAAGGGCCACAAGAACCAGGUGCGCUGUGUCGGCUGGAGGCCAAAAGGCAAGGAGGCCGUGGCUUCCGGCUCGCUGGACGGGACUGUGAGGAUUUGGGAGCCAAAAAAGGGCAAGUGCCUGAAGACCUGUCAAGGUGAAGGUGGCUACGUGUACUGUCUGCUGUGGCACCCUGACGGCACCUGUCUUGCCGCUGGCAGCACAGACGGCGCGGUGCGUAUCUUCAACCCGGACAGCGGUGGCUGCAUGGUCAAGUGUGAGGGCCACACGGGGCCAGUCGCAGCGUUAGCCUGGGCUCCAGGCCAUGUGAAUCUCGCAGCUGGCUCCCAUGAUGGCACGGCCUCCGUUUGGAACUCCGCAACUGGCCACAAGGUUGCUGACUGCGCCACCCCAGACCGGGUCUUCACAAUUGCCUGGAGGACCCAACUGCAACGCCCCCGCCUAGCCACUGGCUCUGCUGAUGGCAGCAUCUGCAUCUUUGACACCACUGCUGGAGUCUGCAUGGCAAAGUUCCAAGCCCACUCGGGGGCAGUGCUUUCCCUCGCCUGGGGCUCGGAGUCUUUGGCCUCCGCUGGGCAGGACGGCACGGUGCGCAUUUGGGAGGCGCGCACGGCCACGUGCCUGGCAGUGCAUGUGGGCCACCUGGGCGCCGUGCUGUGCGUGCGCUGGGCGCCUGAGGGCCCAGGCCUCGCCUCCGCGUCAGAGGAUGGGACGGUCAAGAUCUGGCCGGCGUGACA